UCUUUUCAUCAUCCCAUCUUGUGUCGCCUCUCGCCUUGUUUCGACAUCUACCGUAACCAAACACGCACAUAUCAGACUCGUAGCCCAUCAUGGCCGACGCCGCCGUCGACUCGUACGCAAACACUGUGCCUCCGCACAAGAAACAGCUCUCGUCAUCCAUCCCGAACAUCGAAUCGCUGGAAGGCAUCGGCGCUGACUCUGACGACCAAUACUCCACAUUCAAGAAGCUCCAGAGACAGCUCGAAUACAUCAAGCUGCAAGAGGAGUACAUCAAGGAUGAACAAAGAUCGCUGAAGAGAGAGCUUGUGCGCGCACAGGAGGAGAUCAAGAGGAUACAGAGCGUACCGCUUGUUAUCGGGCAGUUCAUGGAGGCCAUCGACCAAAACACCGGCAUCGUACAAUCGUCGACCGGAUCCAACUAUGUCGUGCGCAUUCUCUCCACCCUUGACCGCGAACUACUCAAGCCUUCAUCCUCCGUCGCCCUUCAUCGCCACUCAAACUCUCUCGUUGACAUCCUUCCUCCGGAGGCAGACUCUUCAAUUGCCAUGCUUGGUGCAGACGAGAAGCCAGACAUUACCUACGCUGACGUCGGAGGUUUGGACAUGCAAAAGCAGGAGAUCAGAGAGGCUGUUGAGCUGCCCCUUACACACUUCGACCUCUACCACCAGAUCGGUAUUGACCCACCCCGUGGUGUUCUUCUUUACGGCCCUCCUGGUACCGGAAAGACCAUGCUGGUGAAGGCUGUUGCCAAUAGCACUACCGCAUCCUUCAUCAGAGUUGUUGGCUCCGAGUUCGUUCAGAAGUACCUGGGUGAGGGUCCUCGUAUGGUCAGAGACGUCUUCCGCAUGGCCCGCGAGAACAGUCCUUGUAUCAUCUUCAUCGACGAGAUCGACGCCAUUGCUACCAAGCGUUUCGAUGCUCAGACAGGUGCAGACAGAGAGGUCCAACGUAUUCUUCUCGAGCUGCUCAACCAGAUGGAUGGUUUCGACCAGACGAGCAAUGUCAAGGUCAUCAUGGCCACCAACCGUGCCGAUACUCUGGAUCCCGCUCUUCUUCGUCCCGGUCGUCUUGACAGAAAGAUCGAGUUCCCCAACCUUCGCGACAGACGUGAGCGAAGAUUGAUCUUCAGCACCAUCGCCAGCAAGAUGAGCUUGAGUCCCGAGGUCGAUCUUGACAGUCUUAUCGUUCGCAACGAUCCCCUGAGUGGUGCCGUCAUUUCUGCCAUCAUGCAGGAGGCUGGUCUGCGAGCUGUCAGAAAGAACCGCUACAACAUCAUUCAGCAGGAUCUCGAAGAUGCCUACACCAGCCAGGUCAAGGGUGCAUCGGAGGCUGACAAGUUCGACUUCUACAAGUAAGCUUUAUUCAUGGGGCAUGUUCAAGCCUUUUGUGUACACUACAUAGCAUGGGAAAAGGAAGAGCGGGUCUUCUUAUGGAAUGGGUCUGCUUGCUGGGUAUGCGCUCUGCAUCAAUUAGGUAGAUGAUCAUUAUGGCAAAGCACAAAUAUCACGACAGAUGAGAUGGAAGACAAAGUUUUUGACCGUCUUUUAUUUUGUUCGCUAGAUUAAGCCCAGUGUUUGCUUGACUCCUGACUAUACGCCGGGACGGACUGGUAUUUCUU